GACGUGCGUGCUUGUAUUUACAACAGAACAAAUGGGAAUGUCACCUCUCAUUUGUUCUGUAUAAAUAAAUCGCCAAGUAAAAUCCACUCCAAUUUGUUUACAAUUGCAGAUUAGUGCCCGAAUUAGUUAUUAGCAUGAUUUGCGUGAAGCAUUUGCCAUAAAGGUCGGCGUUUACACAAUAUUUGGCAGUCAUUCAUCAGUAAUGUAACUGAAUCAUUAUACGUACCUACCGCAAGUGAAUUUGAAAUAAAUUAAAAUGGGAGAGUUUGGGGGCGGCGAAAAGCUGCUGAAAACUAUCGACGAUUUUAAUACAGUGUUUGGAAAAUCGGUCCUUAUCAGCCCGAAUGAGGAGCAGUUCGAGAUGCAAUUGAAAAGAUUGAAGCACCAACUGGAUGAGGGUAGAGGAGAAGUUAUUAUCGAGAUCGGUGGUAUUGUUGACGGACGAGACAACGGUUUGAAAGGUGAUGAAAAGGAGGCAGCGGUUGCAACACUGCAGUCUCUCGCUGCUAGUUUGGAGUGCAGCUGUGUCCUGCUACGUGAACGAAAGGGAAGCUGUGGAAGUAUCCUCCAGUAUCUCAUAAGGAGGCUAUUAGAUCAAAGCGACUUCCUGGAAAUUCGCGUUGCAGUCGUCGGUAACGUGGAUGCCGGCAAGUCGACUUUGCUAGGCGUUUUGACCCACGGCGAAUUGGACAACGGCAGGGGGCACGCUCGUCAAAAGCUGUUUAGGCACAAACAUGAAAUGGAAUCGGGACGUACCAGUUCCGUAGGAAAUGACAUUUUGGGUUUCGACAGUGAGGGAAACGUUGUGAACAAACCGGAGCAUGGUUCGUUAGAUUGGGUCAAGAUUUGCGAGAAAAGCUCCAAGGUGAUAACGUUCAUCGAUUUGGCCGGUCAUGAGCGUUAUUUGAAAACCACAGUGUUCGGAAUGACCGGACAUGCACCGGAUUUCGGAAUGCUAAUGAUCGGCGCAAACGCUGGCAUUGUCGGCAUGACGAAGGAACAUUUGGGACUGGCGUUAGCUCUUUCCGUACCAGUGUUUGUUGUAAUAACGAAGAUCGACAUGUGUCCUCUUAACGUUUUACAGGACAACAUAAAGUUGUUGCUGCGAAUCUUAAAAUCGCCAGGCUGUCGAAAGGUACCGGUUAUGGUCAAAACGGCGGACGACGUCGUUUUGAGCGCCACAAACUUUGUGUCGGAAAGAUUGUGUCCAAUUUUUCAAGUUUCCAACGUGACUGGGGAGAAUUUGGAGCUACUGAAAACCUUCCUUAAUCUUUUGACCACUAGAAUGGAGUAUCACGAGAAUGAGCCGGCCGAAUUUCAAAUUGAUGAUACCUAUUCAGUUCCUGGUGUAGGUACAGUGGUGUCUGGUACAACUCUAAAGGGAGUGAUUAGGUUAAAUGAUACUUUAGUGCUGGGACCUGAUCCACUAGGACAUUUUCAACCGAUCGCCGUUAAAAGUAUUCAUAGAAAACGUAUGGCAGUUAGAGAGGUUCGUGCAGGACAAACUGCUAGUUUUGCUUUGAAGAAAAUUAAAAGAUCACAAAUUCGCAAGGGUAUGGUAAUGGUAUCGCCUGCUUUAAAUCCCCAAGCGUGUUGGGAGUUUGAAGGUGAAAUUUUGGUUUUGCAUCAUCCAACAACGAUCAGCUCACGUUACCAAGCCAUGGUACAUUGCGGGAGUAUUAGGCAAACUGCCAGCAUUCUUAGCAUGUCCCAGGAUUGUCUACGAACCGGUGAUAAAGCUGUUGUACAUUUCCGUUUUAUUAAGCAUCCAGAAUACAUUGUACCUGGUCAGCGAAUGGUUUUCCGUGAGGGACGCACAAAAGCAGUCGGAAACGUUCUGAGGACCCUAACGCAUUCAUCUUUGACUGCGCCUGGGAAUAAAUUGAAACCUGUGAAGCAGCAGCGUCAAGUUCAACCGAUGUCAUCAUCGAGUGUUACAAGCUCACCGCAAAAGGUGAUGCACAAUGCUGAUGAAGAGGAAUUGGAAGGAAGCAGUAAUAAAGAUUCUACCUCACAAGAAAAUACGCAGCGCCCGAACACAGGUACCAAGAGAGGACGGGGUCGACGAGGUCGUACAAAAAAUAACACUGCAAGUGUUACCAACCCUCCAAAACCGUUAGUGGAUGUUGCAAACAUUACACCUAUACCUCUUACCACAAGCCGAGGUACCACUAAAGUACAAUAAGUAGUUAAUUACAUGGUCAAUAGAUGUCUUUUGAACUUUCAAUCAAAGAAAGAGCUAGGUGCUUGUAAGACCAUUGUGUGUUUUCUAUACAAACCAUAGUUUUUAUUUAGUGCUCCUAUAACUUCAUGUUGCACUUGCAUACAGGAUUAGUAUUAAGUGAAAUAAAAGUUAUUUUUCGAGGAAAUGUAUUGCGAAAGAAAUUACCCUGUAUGUGUUCCAUAAACCUAAAUACUGAUAGUUUUCAUAAUUCAAGUAUUUCAAAUUUUCUUCAUACAUGAUAGUAGAAAAGUACCUAGUCGUCUUUGAGGAAGAAUUUUAGAAUGCAUAUCUUGUCGUACAACACGUUUUUCUUUUACACAAUUUAAUUACAUUUUCAUUACUUAUUUAUUCCAUUGGUACCUGCUCACUUCCAUCUAGAAUGUAAUUAAAUUAAAUGUAAAUCUGAAAAUGAAACGGAAUAAACAUAAUACCAAGGAUA